UCCAUUAAAGGGUUGCAAUGUGGUUGAUUUGUUUAGCGUUUUUAGUCUUCUUGCUACUUUUGCUGGACACGAUUCGACCGGUAGGAUAUCCGCCAGGACCACGUUGGAUUCCAUGGCUGGGAAAUGCUCUGCUUUUGCGUAAAUUGGGUCGGAAACUCGGCGGACAGCACGGUGUCUUCGAAUACCUAGCCCGGAAGUACCGAACCCAAGUGAUAGGUCUGCGACUGGGCAGAGAACAUGCCGUGGCGGUUCUUGGAUAUGACCUAGCUAAGCAGGCUCUAGUCAGUGAUGACCUGCAGGGCAGGCCGGAUAACUUCUUCCUUCGGUUGAGGACUUCUGGCAAGAGGUUGGGGGUAACGUUUACGGAUGGUGACCACUGGGAAGAACAUCGCAACUUUGUUGUACGAACUUUGAAGGAGAUUGGAUAUGGUCGGCUUCGAAUGGAUGAUUUGAUUCAGCGUGAGUUGCACGAGCUGAUCCAGAUCAUCGAUGAAACUGAGUAUCCGAUUCAGCCAAAUCAACAUUUACCGCUGAGUGUUCUCAACGUUCUAUGGACACUUGCCACAGGUCAGCACAUUGAAAGGGGCGAUGAUCAUCUACAAGGGCUUAUGCAAGUUUUAAAGAAGCGUUCCACGAUGUUCGAUAUGUCCGGUGGGUUGCUGAACCAAAUGCCAUGGUUGCGUUUUGUAGCCCCCGACUGGAGUGGAUACAACUUACUGGUCGACUUCAACCGGCAGUUGAUAGCAUUCUUUUCUGAUUCUAUUCGUGAGCAUAACGAAACUUUCACCGAAGAAAAAUCGGGUGAUGACCUUAUCUAUGCAUACAUCCGAGAAAUUCGGAAACAACGUCACAAUCCGGACUCUACCUUCACCGAAGAGCAGAUGAUCAUUACCAUACUGGAUCUGUUCAUAGCUGGAGCACAAAACACAAGUAUCAUCGUAGAUCUUCUACUGAUGAUGAUGGUUGUUCGACCGGAUAUCCAAGCCAAAGUUCACCAAGAAAUCGACCAACAUAGCGAUCCCAUCCGCUGGACUGAUCAUUCACAGCUACCAUACGUAGAAGCGGUUAUCAUGGAGGUUCAACGGUUCUUCCACACCGCGGCCAUCAGUGGACCUCGACGAGCCAUCCGAGAUUGUGAGCUUGGCGGAUACCGGAUUCCUAAGGAUACGACAAUUUUUGUCGAUCUAAAAAGCGUCCACAUGGACCCGGACUACUGGAAUGAUCCGGAAGUGUUUAGACCGGAACGAUUCCUGGCUGAAGAUGGAACUCUAACCAACACUGAACGACUUUUGUCGUUUAGUUUGGGGAAGCGAAGGUGUUUGGGAGAUGUUUUGGCGAGGGCUUGCAUCUUUACUUAUUUCGGUGGUUUAAUGCAACAUUUUAAGAUUGAACUGCCCGAGGGCGAGCAAAACGUGCCUUCAGUAGAUCUUACACCGGGCAUCACCUAUAUGCCUGAGCCGUACAGGAUAGUUUUUAAAAGGAAGGUACAAUUGUGUAGUUGAAAAAUUGGAAAAUAAACUCAAGGGAAUCUAUUCCAUUUUUGCUUUUUAAUUAAUACCAACUGCACAAAUAUUAUAUGUAAGAUCAAAUCUAGCGAAACAUUUUCAUAGUACUUAUCAACAGAUAUCAA